AUGACCAUGAAGAGCUGUCGCAGCGAGCGACAUGGAGUGGCGCGUCCCCGGGGAUCGAUGCUCGGCAGCCGAGGCCCCUUCAACGACUAUGACGUGGAGGCGGUCGUACAGGCGACACAAGAGUUUGAGAAGAAAACCUGCGUCCGGUUCCAACCCCACGCUGGUGAAACGGACUUCAUUCACAUCCAGGACUUGGGCGGCAAGAGCUGGUCACUGCCAGGGAAGCAGGGAGGGGAGCAGCCACUGUCCCUGGAGCCCGGCAAGGUGACCAAGGGCAUCGUGCUGCACGAGUUGAUGCACGCACUCGGCUUCCAGCACGAGCACUGCCGUAGCGACCGCGACGACCACGUCUGGGUGGUGCCAGAGAACGUCAAGAAAGAAUGGAAAGAGCAGAUUGUGGACAUCAAUUCAAACGAACAGGAUUUGGUAGCGCCCUACGACUGCAGCUCCAUCAUGCACUACAGCAUGUUGGCAGGUUCCGUGGAUGAGCGCAACCCAACGAUCAUCCCCAGGGACGUUCUGUGCAUGUUGCACAUGGGACAGAGCAACUCGCUGAGUCCCUGCGACGUGGUCAAGGUGCAGAAGCUGUACGGCUACGAGGCGGAGGUGCACGCCGCUCCCGCAGCGGUGGCCAGGAGGAGCAGAACCUCGGCUGAUGAGGACGCGCCGGACAGCAACGUCGGCGUUUGGAAGGCAAAGACGAAAGAGGAAGUUGACGAGGAAGCCAAGAAGAAAGUUGGAAAACAGUUCGAGAAGACUGGAGACAUUGCAGGAGAUCCCUCAGACGAAAUCAAGCUGUGGCCCGAGCAGAGUGGCAAGGUGUACAUCCCCUACAGCAUCUCCAUCGCCUUCAGGCCAGCCUAG